AUGUUCCCACGCUCCACACUACUGCACUCUGUCGUGUGGCCGUUUCGUUGCGGUGAGGUCGUGACGCAGUGGUACAACAUUCUCAUGGCGGUGAGCACGCUGCAAGACUUGGCGGACGGCGUAUGCAUCGCCUACAACGACGCCAUCGCCGAGGAGCUGAGGGGCGCACGUGCGAAUCGCGGCUUCAAAGACAAUGGGGAAGUGUCAUUCCAGCUCAUGAACCAGCGUAUCAGCGAGCUGCUUAUCCCGCUUCACCUACCGCAGCUUCUGUACACUGUCCCUUCUCCCCAAAAAGAUCUCUCGAAAAACCGCAUCCUUGGCACGAGCGGUGGAGCUUGCCGAGACUUCUUGGGUAGUAACCCACCUUGCUCCGUCGCGGAAGGCAUGGCGCCGCUGCGGUACGCCACUGCCAGCGAUGUAGUUGAGGCACUUGCGCUGGAUCCCGUCAUGAAAUUCUUCACGGCCUCACUUGCGCCGCAGAAGGUCACUGGCUCCACAACGUGGGCGUCAGUCCUCGGCGAGGCGGCUCGAGCGGCGCAGCACAGCUUCACCGUCCCAAGUGCGCUGUCUCCGUACUCCGACGUGGCCUCCUCGCGCUCAGCAGGAAAAGCGGCCGCUGCUGGUUUGGCAGACGCCUCCGCGUUUUACAUGCAGCACCGAAGCUGCUUGUGGACUAUUCGUGGGGUCGCGGCACACACAAACGGCAUCCGUGAGCUGCGCCACCUCAUGGCCGACAGCGCGUCAUCACCUUUUCCAAUGACGUCGCUCUUUGUAAGUCCGGCCGAGGAGUGGCGCGCCACACCGUCGUACACACGACCAGACCACAUCGCCACCUUGUAUGGUCCCACUCCCAUGGUCGGCGAGUCGCUGGCUGAUGCUGCUGGCCGCGCAGAGGAGCUGCUCAACGUUGGCGCUUUUGUGCAUCAUUUUGAGCGCUACGGCGUCUCGAAGAUGGAGCUGCGCGAUGCCGCCGCCGUGUUGUACGACACCGCGGCUGCCUAUCACCUGUAG